UUCUGCCCCCAGUCUGACAUAUAGCUGAUGUGUUUCAGCGCCCUGGAGGCUCUGAUCAACUUCGCCUACAGCGGCCAUGUUGCCAUUGAUCAGCAGAAUGUUCAGGCUCUGCUGAUUGGUUCCAGCUUCCUGCAGCUGCAGAACGUCAAAGAUGCCUGCUGCUCCUUCCUGCAGGAGAGGUUACAUCCUAAGAACUGCCUGGGCGUGCGGCAAUUUGCAGAGACCAUGAUGUGCACCACACUGUAUGACACGGCCAACACCUUCCUGCACCAGAACUUUGUAGACGUCUCCUUAUCUGAGGAAUUUCUGGGUCUGAGGGCUGAGGAGGUUCUGGAGUUGGUGGGCUGUGAUGAGCUUAAUGUAAAGGCAGAGGAGCAGGUGUUUGAGGCGGUUCUGGCGUGGGUUCAUCACGAUCCGGACCAGAGGAAGACUCUGCUGCCGGAGCUGCUGUCAAAGAUCCGACUUCCUCUCUGCCAGCCUCAGUUCCUGUCGGAGCGCGUCCAGCAAGAGGAGCUGAUUCGCUGCUGCCACAAGUGCAGAGACCUGGUGGACGAAGCCAAAGAUUUCCACCUGGUUCUGGAGCGCCGUCCUCACCUGGCCUCCUUCAAAACCCGUCAGAGGUGCUGCACCUCCAUCUCAGGUCUGAUCUACGCGGUGGGAGGACUGAACAGCUCAGGUGACUCUCUGAACUUGGUGGAGGUCUUUGACCCGGUGGGGAACUUCUGGGAGCGCUGCCAGCCAAUGAGGACGGCUCGGAGCCGAGUGGGCGUGGCUGUGGUCAACGGGCUGCUGUACGCCAUCGGCGGCUACGACGGCCAAUCACGGCUCAGCACAGUGGAGGUGUAUAACCCGGAGACGGACAGCUGGACGCAGGUGUCCAGCAUGAACAGCCAGCGCAGCGCCAUGGGAACGGUUGUGAUUGACGGACAUAUCUAUGUGUGCGGCGGCUACGACGGGAAGUCCUCUCUGAACUCAGUGGAGUGCUACUCUCCAGAAACGGACAGGUGGACCAUAGUAACAGAGAUGAGUGUGAGUCGCAGUGCCACCGGCGUGACAGUGUUUGAUGGGCGGAUCUUUGUCUCUGGCGGCCAUGACGGCCUGCAGAUCUUCAACACGGUGGAGUACUAUAACCACUACACGGACCGCUGGCACCCGGCCCCACCAAUGCUCAACAAGCGGUGCCGUCACGGCGCAGCGGCGCUGGGCAGCCACAUGUACGUUGCCGGAGGGUAUGACGGCUCGGGCUUCCUUAGUGGCGUGGAGGUUUUCAGUUCGGCGUCGGCUCAGUGGAGCCUCCUGGUGACCAUGAACACGCGGCGCAGCAGGGUGUCCCUGGUGUCCACGGCGGGCCGUCUGUACGCUGUGGGUGGGUACGACGGGCAGUCCAACCUGAACUCGGUGGAGAUGUACAACCCCGACACCAACCGCUGGAUGUUCAUGGCGCCCAUGGGGAGCCAUGAGGGUGGGGUGGGGGUGGGCUGCAUCCCCCUGCAGCCUUCCUAGCCCAAGUGCCCUGAAAGGACUGAACCCUGGCUGCAAGAGGGGGCGUGGUCUCAGGCAGAAACCAGUGGACAUUACGGGUACGACGGCAAUGCUCUCAAUGGCAGGCUACUGCCAGGCCCAAAAAACUGUAGAGCUCUCAGCAGCUGGCAUCCUGCUUGUAGGAUUACUUAUCAAUUUCUGAUUGGUCAGAAAGGGGCAGGAGGCCCAGAUGGAACAGCUGGAGGGGCGGAGCUUCAUGGCCUACUGGAUGGAGGGGUGAAGCUUCGAGUCCUGGAUGAACCAGAGGGCGGGGCUUCAUCUACUAGAUGGCAGGGAAGGGCUUUUGUGUCCUAUUGGGUCAAGGGGUGCAGCCUAGUGACAUGGGUGGGGAUGAAGCUCCUUGGCCUGCGGAUUGGAGGGGCGGAGCUUCAUAGCCAGAAUGGGUUAUGAGGGGGUGAAGCUCUUACCAGUAGGAUGUAGGAGGCGGAGCCUCAGGGCUUGUAGGGUAGAUGGAGCUUAACCUGUUUUAGAUGGAGGGGCAGAGCCUGUUAUAGACAGGUGGAGCAGGGUCAGCAGGUUUCCUCUUCCAAUGCUGCAAAGGCUGUUUGUUUACUAAAGGUGCUGCACAGCUUUGUGCUGUUUGCAUUUGAUAAG